GGGUCACAGGGAGCGACGGUUCAUCGAGCGACGGCUCAGAAUAUAUUUGUUAUUUUGAACCUUUAUUUAACUAGGCAAGUCAGCCAAUAUGAAGACUUCUUUGCCCUUCUGGUUGUGUACAAUGUCAAUGUACAUAAUCAGAAUAUCAUCAACAUCUAGUGAUACAGUUGUUCAACCCAUUGUGGCCUUAGUUGGUGAUGACGUCAUCCUGCCUUGCACCCUGAGACACACAGUCAGUGCUGUGCAUCAGUCAAUAGAGUGGCAGAGACCGGACCUAAAACCAAAAGAGGUCCAUCUUUACAGAGAUGAGAAGGACGAUCUUGUGCUCCAGAAUCCAGUCUUCAGCGGAAGGACGUCACUGUUUACAGAAGAACUAGAGAACGGCAACACUAGUUUAAAGUUGACCAGAGUGAAACUCUCUGAUGCUGGAAACUACACCUGUUACAUUCCACUGCUGAACCACCAGAAAACCAUCAUUCAACUCCUUGUUGGUGAGUCAACACACCUGCUGACCAUCCAAACCCCCUUAAGAGACAGAUCUCAUGAAAUCAGGGGUGCUGUGUCCAGACCAGUUAUCAUCAUUGGGGGAAUGGAAGGCGAUGAGGUGGUCCUGCGGUGUGAGGCUGAAGGCUGCUACCCAGAGCCUGUCAUGGAGUGGUUUGACGCUCAGGGACGUGUCCUCCCUGCUGCUGGACCUACAGAGACGUCCAGAGACCGUGAAGGCUGCUACACUGUGACAAGCCAUGUCACCGUCCCGAACUCUGACAACAACACCUUCACCUGUCGCGUUCAACAGUUGGAGAUCAAACACAUGAAGGAGAGACAGGUUCAUGUUCCAGAUCAGAUGUUUCCUAAGACGUGUCAUUCCUGCUGGCUGACAGUUCUUGUAGCAGUUCCUGUCGUUUAUUUAGCUGGAGUUGGAGUUGGAGCUGGAGGUCUCUACCUGUUGAUAAGAAAAGGGAUAUUGACCAUCAAGAACCGUGGACGUCAGUAAUGAAGAACAAGGAGACGACGAAGAAUGAGGAAGAUGAGACCAGUGAAUCCCAGUCUGUCAUUGGUUUAGAUGAUGUGAAAUGAUCUAUAAUAAUAGUUCUAUAUGCCAUUUAACAGACAUGUUUGGAUGGUCCCAGGAAUCAAACCCACUAUCCUGGAGUUACAAGGACCUUAACUAUGACUACAUAGGAAUAUGCAUAUAUUUACAUUUGAGUAAAUUUAGGAGACGCUCUUAUCCAGAGCAAUUUACAGGAACAAUUCGGGUUAAGUGCCUUGCUCAAGGGGACAUUGGCAGACUUUUCAUCUUGUUGGAGGGGCACUGCCAAAAUCACCAGGUGCUCUUAUCUAUUACCUUAAACGUAGACUAGAGAAGAAUGGGAGAAACUCCCCAAAUACAGGUGUGCCAAGAUUGUAGCGUCACACCCAGGAAGACUCAAGUCUGUAAACGCUGCCAAAGGUGCUUCAAUGAAGUACUGAGUAAAGGGUCUGAAUACUGUAAAUAUGAUUUUUUUUUUUUGCAAAAAAUGUCUAAAACCUGUUUUUGCUUUGUCAUUAUGGGGAAUUGUGUGUAGAUUGAAAAAAAAAGAGUAUUUAAUCCAUUUUAGAAUAAGGUUGUAAAUACUUUCUGAAUGCAGCUGGGGGAUUCGAUCCAGCAACCUUUCGUUUACUGGCCCAACGCUUUUCUCUGCCGCCCCAUGGCUCUAUGUAGUAAGGUGUUCGCUAUGGGCUUAUAUGAUAAACUUAGCACACAAUAUAUACAGCUAGCAAAGGUAAUAACUUAGCACGCUAGGCUAGCAGGCUGAAUAUAUAGCAAUAAUAAAACCAGCACCAUUAGUGGUAGCGAGUUAGCAUGCUGUGUGGCUAACAAUGCUAAUAUGUAAACAGACAGCCAUCUUGGUAGAGGUUCGUAUGAGGAAGUGACCGGGUGUGAUGACUUCCCCGAUCGGCCAUACUGGUUGUGUAAGAAUGAUCGCCUGGUAGCCAUCUUAGACACAACCACCAAUGGAAGGCCUGAAUACUGUUCUGUACCCAGAACUAUGCCAAGGGGAUAGAUAAACAGGAUAAGCAGUAUGGAUAGUACCCAUACAUUAAUUACUGGCAUAUAAACACUGGAUGUAUUAGCGCCUAGUUUUUCUGUACUAUUUAUGUUUAUAUUACUAUUUAUAUUUGACAACGUUUACUUUUACUCCACUUCAUUCCUAAUGAAAAUAAUGCACUUUUUACUCCAUACAUUUUCCGUGACACCCAAGUCACAUUCUCGUUACAUUCUUAUUUUUACUUUUGAUACUUAAAAAAAAAAAAAAGUAUUUAAAACCAAAUACUUUUAGACUUUUACUCAAGUAAGUAUUUUAUUGAGUAAUUUUCUAUUAAAAUGCAUCUUUAAUUUUACUCAAGUAUGACACUGUUUUAGAUAUUUCAUUUGGGGUCUAGAGAUUUAGGUAAAUCAGCCUUUGGUUUCUUUACGUUUGGAAUAUUCAACAAUGCACUAGCUCUUUAUUGUUUUUUUAAUUGUUACUUUUAUUUAACUAGUCAAGCCCGCUAAGAACAAAUUCUUAUGGGACUCUCAAGCACAGCCGGAUGUGAUACAGCCUGGAUUCGAACCAGGUACUGUAGUGACACCUCUUGUUCUGAGAUGCAGUGUCUUAGACCACUGAGCCACUCUGAAGCCUGUCUGUUUUAUAUGUUCGUGUAUUGUAGUGUAUAAUUAUAUUUAUCUGAAGGUGUCAUGUGUUUAUUGUAUUGUGGUGCUGUACAGGGCUCACCUGGAAAAGAGACCUUUGUCUCAGCAUGACUCAAAAUAAAGGUGAAAUAAAAUGUGAUUGAAAGGUU